AUGGUGCUUGAGCUGUUGUUGCUAGGCGAACGUGGUAAUGGUUAUGGCUUCUGUGUGAGACUUCUUGAGAGGUUUCAUGAUUUGGACCAGAAGGAGAAGCAGGAGAAAAGCUGGAGGAAGGAAGCAGAGGUGAUUCGACAAGAAGUUCAGGAUUUGCGUUCCAACCACAUUCCUUCGCUUUUUCAGCAGCACAUGAAGGCCAUGAAAGCAAUGCAAGAAGGUCUGACAGCCGUACGUGGUGAGGUGAAGAAGCUCAGUGAAAUCCUGGAGGCAGUCCAGGCAACACAAGCCCCUGUCAGAGAGGAGCACUCCGACAAGGCAAGAGAGGUGUUGGCAUUGAAAGUGCAAGUCAGCGAUUUGCAGGAGCAGGUGACGCAGCUUGUGGUCAAAGGCCUCGAGGAACGCUUUGCGAGCCUAAGGGCGGAUGUGUCAAAGGAGGUCGCCUCUGCUAUCCGAGAGAGCAAGGAGGAUCGCUCAGCUGCCUGGCGAAGACUGUCGGCUCUUGAGGCUUGGCCAGAGUCGCAGGCCGAGCUCAAUGCGGAUCUUCAUAUGCUGCGGCAGGAGCACGAGGAGGACAGAAGCCUCAUGGAGGCUCUUCGCCGCGAUCUGGAAGGGUUGGGCAGACAGGUAGUACAACUUCGGAGAGAAGUUUCGAUUGGCCAAGACCCUGCAGAGGCUGGAGUGGGUGACUUGGACGCUGCUCCUCGUGGGUUGCUUGAAGGCAUCUUUGGCGCACCAGCGCCGUCGGCACCCAACGUGGCGGAUGUGCCGGCAUCCUCUGCAGCUCCCAAGACUCUUCGAAGUGCCGUCAAGCUGACCACCUCAAUGGCAAGCUCGCGCUCGCCUCGAAGCAGCCGCAAGACCAAAAGUCCGGAACAGAGACGAAGCAUCGAGGGGCAGGUGAGGCCUCGAUCGAGCAAUCCCCGAGACAGGAGCGAAAGAGGUUCGAGGUCCACUGUUUCGGGCUUUCCGGCUGUCAUUGGCAACAAGCUGGAGUGGGCGCUGACCGCGAAGUCAAUUCAGGUGGCAAGGGAAACUCCAGGUGUUGCUGGAGCUCUCCUGGUCACUGGUGAAAUGGAGGUAGCUGGAGUCUACUGCCGUUUGAAGUUUUUCCCGGACGGCAGUCCAUUGCGCCAAGUGCCGGGCUUCUGCAGCCUCUACAUGGUAUGCACCGUGCCGAAUGUCAACGUACGGUUCAGGUUAUUUGCCGGGACAAAGUACUCACCGGUCUUGGAGGCCAACACUGCGCGGGGUGGCCGCGACCAGGGAAGGCAUGACCUAUGCCAACUGAAGGACGUCCUGGGUGAUGACGGCAGCGUUGUGGUCGGUGCAGAAAUAUUGGAGGUUCAGGCUGCAACCUGA